AUUUUAAGCGCUCUGUUAGAAUAGAUUUUGACAAGACUUUAGUUUAAUGUUGAUCUAAUUGUGCGUUUUUUAUUAGCGUCCUCAUUGAUUCUAAUUUGUCAUAUUUCUUUCUUUUGUAGUGUUCAAUCUUUAUUAAUUUGCAUAACUGUCUAUCUCAACCAAGGAUGACCUCAGCAUUAGAACCUUAUGUUAAUCAUUUUGUAAAUGUAAUUACUGCCGAUGGUAGGAACAUUGUGGGUACUCUUAAAGGCUUCGAUCAGACCAUUAAUAUAAUUCUUGAUGACUCUCAUGAACGUGUCUAUUCCAUGACUCAAGGUGUUGAAAUGGUUCCACUUGGUCUGUAUAUAAUUAGAGGUGAUAAUGUUGCUGUCAUUGGUGAGAUAAGUGACGAAAAAGAGUCUAAACUGGUCUUUUCCACUAUUAAAGCCGAACCUAUCAAUCCAGUGGUACAUUGAAGAUAUCGAUAAUAUGCUAUGGAAGCUACACUUUUUAGCUACUAUUUUAUCUCAAGAUAAACGUUAAGUCAAUGUUGAUAUCCAUAUCCAGUUAGAAAUACAUUCUCUAUACUCCAAGUUGUCGAUAAAAUUGUUUUAUUCAUCAUAACUGUAUCACCGAUGGAUUAAUCUUCAAAAUAUAAGGUUUUUUUAUCAUUCUAUUGCUUCCCCAUUGUUUGGUUAUGUUCCCGUCCAAUCUAUUGAAUUUAACUCCAAGUUGUGAAAACAAUUCAUUUGAUGGCAUCACUUCUUAUAAUUUAAACAAACAAUACUCAAAAGCCAAACGAAGACAAGUUUUGAUAGUAAUUAAAUAAUUUACUUGGCA